AUGAGUCACUUUAAUCCAACCUCAACCUUUCAGUCGGCGACUCCACGCAAAUUGGUCCAAAGCUGUAUUUCUACUCGCCGGGCGAUGACUGCGACACUUGGUGCCCGAAAAGUAGACCCUGUGAUUCCUCCAAUAGUUAUUGAGGACUUAAGGGGAUAUCCCACGUAUCAAAAAAUACGCAUAAUAAAACGAGAUUUAGAAGCAAAACAAGAGAAAGGUGUGUUGCACGCAAACAUCACGCAGUUUAUGAAAGAACUCCACACCUACGCAGAUGCAUUAAUUGAUGACUGCCCCACCAAUCAUACGUCUUACUUGGUCCGACUCCAUUACUUAUUCUACACCCUCCUCGCAGACAUUUCCAAUUUCAUUGAAGGAUUUUUGACCUCGCAGUCAGUCGAUUACUUUUCCCUCCUCACGAAAACCCUCAAAAUAGAGAGUGUAGUGUACACACUCCUCUUCCUUGAAAAUGCUAUCAACACCAUUUCAGUGUCAUCCCAUCGGUCAAAAAUCAACGUGUCACAAGAACUCCCCUUCAAAGAAAACAUAUCACCAUUGGCUUCUUCGACGCAGGCGCUUGGCUCUCAAGCACCGUCAAUGACCCAGUCCAACACUUUGCUCAGAGAAAGAGCGUCGUCGAAAAACUCGGACGACAGAAACACUGGAAUUGGUGCGUUCUGCUUGUGUGAUGUCGUCUCGCAAUUUGCGAUAUUAUCAAAUUUGAUGAUCGACAUGCCGAUAAAUUGGAAGGAGAAAUUGUUCACAUGUAAUGCGCUCACUCACCCGGACAACUUCAAGUCGUUUGAGUUCUCAAACCAGCGGUCGAAGCAAGAACUUGGGGAAUACUUUGAUAAAAUGAGUCGAGUUCCGAUGUCAUACUUCAAAGGGUUCAAUGGCAAUAAGGAGAACUUCUCUCGAGCGUAUUCGUGGAUGCCGAUCAUAUUUGGAGUCUCGUAUGAAGAGUUCUUUGCGAGUCUGAUCCAUUUUGUGAAAGACGAAGAAAAGAAAGCAGCGAGUGUGGCGUAUCUCCUUGAGUAUUGGAGGAAAGUGCCGAAUGUGUUUAGUGAAACGUACAUGAUGGGGAUGUAUAAGAUCUUCUUGGAGAUCGUCCAAGCCUUUAAAACACUCCAUGACACCGGGUCUAUAGUCCAAUCGAUGAGAGUCUCUUUUGAUCCAAAUGUGUUGAUUGAAAAGGUCAAAAGAUUCCCACAACAGUAUUUCUACGUCUAUUUUUUAUUCGAAACAAAUGAGACGAGCGGGAAUGGGUGCAGCCGAUUAAAGAAGAAAGUCGAUAUCUUGGCGUAUUGGGUGUCGCAAUCACUUUAUGAAUCGAUUAAUGACAUCAUAUUAAACAAAGAAUUCCACGAGUAUUUCAUUGAAGUGAUUGUGCAGUUGUAUUACUUGCGACACAACCUCCUUGCAACGUUGGGACUUUCGAUCGGGUUCUCCUCAUUCAGAUUGAACAGAUUUGCGAAGCCACAACUCAGACCGGAUUUGAUGGAUACGCGGGAGUGGGUGAACGAAUUGACUAACCCUAAAGACGGCAGUUAUCCGAAUUUGAUCCAAGCAAUGAAAGAGCUUGGGAACCCAUGUAUUCCAUACUUCGGGAGUUUCCAAAAUAUUUUCGAAAAAGUGUUGAGUGCGGACAUCCAAGACGUCGGUGUCUUGUACCUCAAUAUUGGGAAAGCGACUGAAGAAACUAGAAGAAACAGAAUCAAGUGGAGCGAUUUGACCUAUGAAGACACACAAAUGAUAGACAACGCACUUGGAGUGCAGUUGAACGAGUUCUGUGAAACACCGUGGAGUGACGCGAAACUGUUUGACUCUAUGGUCAAGUCAACGAAAUACAGAGUACUUCAUAUCAAAGACAAUAAAAUCAUGAGAAGAAAGGUAAUUCCGAUGUUAAAAAUGAACGGGGGAAGACUGUUGACAAACAGAGUCAGCGUGUGUAGAUACAGGAGAUACGCACCAGUUUAA